UGCAAGAACAGCUAGCGGAGAGGGUGGUGAAAGGAACAGCUUGCUAGCUAGUUACCCAAAAAGCCGGUUCGGGUGGUGGCUAGUCUUAUGAGAAGUCAACCCACACAAGAUACGAGGGAGAAAAGCAUAAGAAAGCCAUCGAUUAAACCACACUAACUUGACGAUUGGACCCCAUUGUUGUCUUUCUAUUUAGCUGUCUCCUGUACUGGCAAGAAUAGCUAACGUUAAGCAGAUGGACAACAGAACCACCCCUGAAGAUAAACCUGUGCAGCGCUCCAAGUCCUUCAGCUUUAAGACCCAGAAGGAGCUGUGUUCAUCCUGUGCAAAGACAGUCUAUCCCAUGGAAAGGCUGGUGGCGGACAAGUUUAUCUUCCAUACAACCUGCUUCUGCUGUAAGCACUGUAAUGCCAAACUCAGUCUUGGCUCCUACGCGGCCCUGCAGGGUGAGUUCUACUGCAAGCCACACUUCCAGCAGCUGUUCAAGAGCAAAGGAAACUACGACGAGGGCUUUGGCCGCCGGCAGCACAAGGAACUCUGGGCCAACAAGGACCCCGAGAAAAUCGCCAAGAGCACUUAGAAACGUGCCCACCACCUCACUCUCAGCCCUCCCAGCACACCGCUUGCAUGAGGAGCACGCUAAUGCUACGCGCUAGCCCCUCACAUUCCGAGACCCAGACAUGCCUGCCAGUAAAGGACUGCUCCAUUGACCUCAGGCUUUUGCUUUAUAGAAUGGAGCAUUUAUUUUCUUAAUUGGAUUUAGCUGUUUUCAAACUGUUUUGUUUUGCAUUCCUUUUUUUAAAUGCCACCAGCCAAACAAAUCAACAAACCAGUGUCUUUCCACUUAACCUGAGAAUAUAUGUGAUGUCAUUAUUGUUCCAUUGAUUGCUUGCUCAGCCAAUUUUAUUUCAUUAUGGAAGACCGAAAUAACAUGUGUUCUCAGGUAAACAUCACUGUGGUUGGAGGACAUAAGCUUUAGAUAAUUUCAAAAACUGCUUAUUUUCAGUGCUGAUCAUAAUUUUUUUCCCACUUUUCUCAAGACUUUCCCCUGAAAGAUAUUCAUAAUUUUCUAGAAGAAUGAAAAACAUGCAUUAAUGAAUGGAAAUUCCAGUCUUCUCCGGAACGUAGGUGGGGAAUAUCUCUGACAGGGUAUACCUAUAUUUGUGAAACUACAGGGUGUGCUGUACAUAUCGCUCACUGAAAGAUGGCCACCUGGCAUUCCCCCACCUCUCACAGACAGACAGGUGGAAAAGUCUGGGUGUAGAAGGUAGAAAUACUCCCAGUAUUUGUUCCAAUCACUUGGAUUCUCUAACAACUCUUCAGCUAGAAGGGGAACUAAGUAGUGAAGUCAGCUGGUUCAGUGCAUAGGUGGAACAAAAGCAUACAAGUACUUCUACUUUUGAGCGCUGGAGUUUUCCACCUUUGCUCACAGAGUACUGUGGGAGGAAGAAUUGGUUGGUGAACACUGAUUGCCAAACUGUAAUUACCAAACCGCAUUUGAUUUUGCAAGAGAAACGGGCUCAUGUUCUGCAGUCGAUUAGGGCUUGUAUCCACGGAUCUCCUGCAAAUCAGUUUCACCACUCCCGUGUGGGGGAGCGAGCACUCGGCUGCCUUUUUCCCCCGCUGCCACGUCUGGGCAUCUGAUCUCAGUGAUUGUGCUUGAAGCUGUCACUGUGUCAACUUAAAUGUGUAAUACUGUCUAAGGUUUAUAUCUGUGAGGUUAAUUUGUGUCAGUUUCUUGUAGUUCCCGUAGCACUGUACGCUAGAUAGAUCGGUGGGGCUGUUGUCUCACUUUGCACAUGAGAAGCUUCACAUAGAGUUGGCAUUUGUAUAGACAUGCAGCUCAUGCUGAAUGAAUGUACACACAGUAUUCCACUGAUGUCCUGUACAUUCAGUGCCACACUCUGUCAAGGAGGACAUAAACAAAAGCACUGAGCUGUCCAGGAGACCC